UAGUGCAUUGCUUCACAUCUCUCGUUCAUGAACAUUCAGACUUCUUGAUAUAGGCUACUGGAUGUAAUUUAAGCAUUUAUUUUCUCUGAGGAUACUUUUUUGUAAUCUCAAAACGUUUACAGUUUUGUCUUGAACGUUUAUUAUGGUUUAAGAUAAAAACAUGUAUUUUAUUAGAGACUGCUUCACUGUCGUGUUAUGGCAGAGCAAAUGUUGCUGUUCUUUUACCUGAAAGAGAUUAAUGUGAAUUCAUUUGGAAAGAUUUGUAGGCUAUAUCAAUAUCGUGAAGGAAAGUAAGAAGCCAUCAGAUUAAAAAAAGCAAACAUGGAGACAUUUACCAUUCAGGAUAUGCUCAUCAAUUCCACAGAUAUAUAUAAAAUAUUAUGUGGACUGGGAAUCGGGAAUAUGUCUGAGUGCAAAAACGACAGUGACGCCACAUUCGAACCGAAAGAUAUAAACCAGACGGUGCGGAUUGUGAUGUACAUUAUCAUCUUCCUCCUGAGUGUCAUAGGCAAUAGCCUUAUCAUUGCUGUCUUGGUGCGGAACCGACGUAUGCGUACAGUAACCAAUCUGUUCCUGCUGUCUCUGGCCAUCAGUGAUCUCAUGCUGUGUCUCUUCUGCAUGCCCUUCACCCUCAUCCCCAACCUCAUGAAGGACUUCAUCUUCGGCAAUGGCGUGUGCAAAGUUGCCACUUAUUUCAUGGGUAUUUCAGUGAGCGUAUCCACAUUUAACCUUGUGGCAAUUUCUCUGGAACGCUACAGUGCUAUCUGCAACCCCUUUAAGUCCCGCACCUGGCAGACAAAGUCCCACGCCGCAAAAGUCAUCACAGCCACUUGGGUCGUAUCUUUUCUGCUUAUGUUGCCGUAUCCGAUAGGCAGCACCCUAGUGCCUUUCAUGCGCAAUAACAAUAGCACUGGUAACAUGUGUCGAUUGGUUUGGCCCAGUGAUGUUAUGCAAGCCUGGUAUGUUUUCCUGUUGCUGACACUCUUCCUUGUGCCCGGGAUCAUAAUGAUGACAGCUUAUGGCCUCACCUCAAUCGAACUUUACAGAGGAAUUCAAUUUGAAAUGGCUAAUAGGAGGUCAAGCAGAGACAAAGAAUACAGCACUGCAAGUCUAAAACAUGGAGAAAGUGAUGGCUGCUACCAAGCGUCCAAGAGGAAGCGCUCAGAUUCCGGUUUGAGCAGCACAAAAAACAAACUCAGUAGGGUUUGCAGCAACAGCCCUACGGCAAAUCUCAUGGCCAAGAAACGUGUCAUACGCAUGCUGUUAGUUAUCGUAGGGCUUUUCUUUCUCUGCUGGACGCCGAUCUUUGCAGUUAACGCCUGGCGGGCCUUUGACAGACGUUCAGCUGAUCGUCUCCUCUCAGGAGCACCAAUAUCCUUCAUCCACUUGCUGUCCUACACCUCCGCCUGUGUCAACCCUAUAGUCUACUGUUUUAUGAACAAGCGGUUCAGACAAGGUGUGCUGGCGACCUUUCCCUGCUGCAGGGCUGAUCACGAUGAGGUGAGCAGGGGCAGCAGCCGGCGCAGUGCUGGAGCAGCUGGAGGGCUGGGAACUCUGUUUGGGACAGGAGGAGGUAGACAGGCUAACGGGACUACAGAAACCUCUGGAACACUUACCAGGCUGACCAAUUCCAAUAUUCGAGGGUCUGCACAAUCAUAAUUAAAGAAAGCAAUGGGAAGUGACCCUGAUUUUGAACCCUGAAAAAGUUCUCAGCGAGGAACCCAUUUUGAGUUGAAAGGACAUCUUCUAACAAGGACUUUAUCUUGGGUAAAGUCUGAAAAAUAUGAUAUCAGUAACAAAAUAUGAAUGAGAAAUUUGGCAUGCUGGUGCCAAGCUGGUUUGAAUAAUUUAAAACCUCUGUGAACAGUCAGGGUUUGAAUAGUUUGAAGCCUUUGCAAAUAGUAUAAAAGAAAAACAAAUGACCAGUUCCCUAUCUGAAGAAAGAGAUUUGUUGAUGACAAAUGAGUACAAAACAUACAGAGGAAGGUUGGCAAUAGCAAGGAAUUGAUGACAAAAUUCAGUGCUUUAUGUUAGAUAUUCGUCACUGUUUAAUAAUCAGGAGUAGGAAUGUGGCACUGGGAGAGACUCCAGUCCCCAUUAUGGCUCUGACGUAAAGGAAUGGUUCACCCAAAUACAGCGGUGGGCUGUGCAUUUUAAGUCUAGGCCUUCAGUGCGAUUCAUGCCAUUAAGAUAACACAGUUUCUCAAUGAAUAAGACAGCGUAUCAUACAUUAUGUGGCAGUCAACUAAUAAUACCAAUUGACAUUUUAAAAACAUGUCCAUGCAAGAAAGCCGGAACCAAGGAGGUCUAAUAUAAAGACAAAGCUAUAUAAUAUUUGCGAUUUAUAUGUUGCUUGCAAUAAAUGUUGUUUCGUCUGGGUACACGGUUACUUUUCAAAACUUGAUCCAACACUGAAUGCUCAAGCAGCAUAAUUUACACUUAGAAAUCUCCAGUUGCUAUAACUAUGCAAAAAGCACUAACUAAUUAGCUUGAAGUGAAAAUCAGUUCUCCUUUCCUGUAUAAUAAAUUAAGCAAUCACAAGGUCAUGUAGAAUAUCUUAUGUUUUUAAAUUCAUAAGGAUCUCUUUCUCAUGACAGCUGACUCAUCAGCAAGAUCUUGCACUCUUCUCUUUCAAAUUACACGCAUCACUUAAAGCGUGAUUGCGUCACUCAAGGCCAGCUAGAAGGCCUGGACUGGGAAAUAUCCUGAAGAUCACACCCACCAAGAACAAAUAAAUCAAUCUGAUUGGCUGAUGAAUCUGACUUUAGAUGCCUAUUCACGUACACUGUUGGGGGGAUUCUGUGGAAAUUCUGAAGGCCUGAUGGGAUGGAGCUCAGACUCACAUGCUAUUUCGGCUUCAGGCAUGUGAAUGAGGGUGUUUGAGGUGUUUUGUCCAUAUAAUCUAAGUCAGUGGGGUCAAAAAUGUUCAAGCUCAAAAAAUGACAUACAGGCAGUAUAAAAGUAAUCCAUACAAUUCGAGUGGUUUAAUCCAUGUCUUCUGAAGAGAUACAAUCACUUUGGGUGAGAAACUGACCAAAAUUUGUCCUUAUUCACUAUAAAUUUUGACAUCCGCAGUCUCCUUGGCUUGUCAUGAGAAAACCUCGUUCACACACUUCCACACCCCUGAUGCAUGCGCAGAGUGCUGUACACAAAUCACACACCGUGUUGCCAGGUUUGUAGAUUUCACAGCCAGUUGGGGGUAUUUUGAAAAUGCAGACGCAAGUUAAAUUUCAUUGGGGGUUAGUUUAUUUGGCAUACUUUUGUAAUGUACGGUGGUUGCCAAAAGGUUGAUGAUAAACACUAGAAAAUAAAAAUGCAACUUUGAUGUAUAAUGAUACCGGGAUUGAGUACCUGGCAUCCGCGUGCAGCGUCAAAGAAUCAUUGUUUUGAAGCCUUCACUGUGUUCCAAUUAGGUCAGAUGUCAAGGACUUAAAUUUUGGUCGGUAACUCACCCAAAGUGAUCAUAUCACUUCAGAAGAAAUGGAUUGAACAACUCGAGUCUUAUGGAUUACCUUUAUGCUACAUUUAUGUGCUUUUUGGAGCUGGACAUUUUUGGACCUUAUUGACUUGCAUUCUAUGGACAAAAACACAUCACACUGUACAUCCUUCAACAUAUCCUUGUUUGAUUUCUGCAGAAGAGAGAAAGUCAUACAAGAGACCGCAAGAGGGUGAAUAGAUGAUGAGAGAAUUAUCAUUUUUAGGUGAACUGUCCCUUUAAUGUUGGGUAUUACAAUAAGACACAAGACAUAUCUUGUCCUCCAGUUUUCUGGCCAACCUACUAUUCCCUGUGAGAGAAGGAUUCCUUUGGUUUGCUUUAUAUUUAACUUUAUUUCUGUGUGGCACAAACAAAGCAAUUGUCCAAAUUAAUUGAGAAAGUUCUGUUCAUGCUUUGAGAGAUCUUUACCAUGACUGAGCUCUUCGGCUCAGGUUAUACAAAAAUAUGUAAACUCAGUUUGGAAUUUAAAAUUGUCCCUUUGUGUGACCUCCAUAAGCAGUUAGGGUAUUUCAAUGUAGCAUUAAUCUUUUUCUUCCAUAAAUGCACAAAGUCAUUUCUUUAUCUUGUGUUUUAGGCCAACUGUACUAUUUGUAUGCUGUUACACAGGGUCUAUCCUUAUCAUUGCAAUGGGAUUUUUCACACCUGUUGCCCACUUCAAAGGACCAACCCAAGGCUGCUGCUGACAUCUGGGAUAUUUUCACCUUAGUACACAUAGUAGGUCAUUGACUAUUGUAAAGUUUGUUUAUAGCCUUUGUAUACAGCAAACUACCAUUUGUAUUUCUAGCUUUCUUUAAAAUUAACAAAUCUGUUUUAAUUUAACAGCACACUCAUAAGAUGAUUCAGCAUGUGUUCCAUUAUUUUUUUAUUCAGACAGUGAGAUUACACGUCUGACAAGCUGUCUAUACUUGCUGGCAAUGAAUGAAACAUUAAAUUAUGUGAAGUCAUCAUCAGUUGUCAAAUGUCUAUAGCAGGAAAUUUAAUUGUAUACAAUUGUACACUAAACCACAUAAAAUAUUACAAAUUUGACUUCCUAACAACAGAAAUAUGUUUUAAUAUAGAUGGCUCCAUGACAUAACCCUGAGGAGAUUGACAUAUGUCUUCACAUCAUAUUAAUAUUUAUGAAGUGCUUUGUACAAAAAUACACCAUGGGGGUUGAACCAAAAUUUACUUUUUCAUAUUUUAUCUGUAUAUUCUUGUGAAGAGUGAAGUUUUACCUAGAAAAUAACUUUUUUUUCUGGAAACCUAAGGAAAUGAAGACUAAUAUAUAUAUAUAUAUAUAUAUAUAUAUAUAUAUUAUAUAUUAUAAAAACAUAUUUUUCCGUAAUUUAAUUCAAAAAGUGGAACUUUCAUAUAUUCUAGAUUUGUUACACAUAAAGUGAAAUAUUUCAGGCUUUUUUUUGUAACCUUGAUGAUUAUGGCUUGCAGCUCAUGGAAAUCAAAGAUUCAGUAUAU